AACAUUCAGAAACCAGGUGGGAAAAAAUAAGCACACCCUAUAAUUUAGUAACAUGUAGAACCACCUUUAGCAACAAUAACUUGAAGUAAACAUUUUCUGUUGGUCCACUUUUCUUUACAACAUAGCUUCAGUUCAUUGAUGUUUGAGGGCAUUUGUUUAUGCACAGCUCUAAAAACAUAGAAUUGAAGGAGGGUGGACAUUCUUUUUCCCAUGAAAGUAUAUACAAGGUACAUUAUAUGGACUUUGGAAAGUGGCUGUGGGGAUUUGUGCUCAUUCAACCACAAGAGCAUUACUGAGGUCAGGCACUGAUGUUGGACGAGGAGGUGAAGUCAUCAUUCCAGUUCAUCCCAAAGGUGUUCAGUGGGGUUGAGGUCAGGGCUCUGUGCAGGCCAGAGUUUAGGAUUGUAGUGUAGAAGAUGGAACAUUUGAAAUGAUCUACUUUUCACCUUGAACUUUUAAAUGUAUGUUACAAAUUCCAUUCAGUUGUUUCCAUAUCUUGGUGUAAUACAGGAAUAGUUCUGGGCUAGAACCUAUAGUACAUUAAACUGUAAAAGGUUUUGAGGGGUACUCAAUAAAACAGAGAUAACUCUCUACGUACUUACUUAAUCAUUAUUCAUAUACCAUAACAAUACAGACACAACACUGAAAAGCCAAGUAUUUCUAAAGUCUGCCACAACGUUGAAGUGAACAUGUUGACUCGCUCUGUUGUGUAUUUUGGUGUAGUGUUAAUUCGCGCGUCCCUCUAGGUGGCGGUAAGGAACGAGUCGAUAUUAUUUCCCCACCGUCAGUAGAAGAAGAAGUAGAAGGCGGUAGUUGUGAUUGGUAAUUUCGUUGCCGAGUUGCGUUAUGUAAACAGAAGUUGUCAAAAUACUAUGAUAACCUGAAACUUAAAGUUUACACGUUAAAAAGAUGAAGAACAAAAGGGUAAAAGCUACCAAGUUUGGAGGUAAAAGAAAGAAAGCUGUCAGUGAAGUGGCCCCUUCGACAAGCAUUCCUCCUCUUGUGGAGGGCCAUGUGCGAUGUUUCCUCAGAGUCACAUUAAGCAGAGUGCUGUGGACAGCAGCCAAGCCGCCGCCGCCGCCACUGACCCUGAUCCGAUUACGAUGGUGGGGUGAGACAACCAGCGGCACUGUGUUUUGUCCUAGAGACGGAUCCCUAGAUAGAGAGAAAGAUGUGAAAUCCACAACCAGAUUUCCAGUUCGGUGUGGCCCAAAGCAAUUUACUUCAUAUUUAACAGAUAUGGGCUCACUGGUGCUGGAUGUUCUUACAAAGCCUGAUCACUUACCCAUAGCGCGAGUUCAAAUAGCUGGGAUUGCUAAAUUGUCUCUGUCUCAUUCCAUUAAUGGAUAUUUUACACUUGUGUCACCAAUGUCUGAAAAGCUUGGUGAACUACAGGCCACACUGGCUUUAGAGCCACUGACAGAAAACUAUGAUAGCAGCAGCUCACUACCAACUGCAGACAUGAGCAGUGAUAUAGCAGUUUCUGCUCCAGGACUCGUAUCUGACCAAAACAUGCUGCUGCCAUCUUCGUCCCACUUUGGUUCAAAAAUCAGUGGAAAUGAGUCAGAUCCUGGAGGCAGUUCCAGGGGCACGCCAAUAGGAAAGGACCACUUAUACUUUCAAGAGAAAGGAAAACCACAUUCUUUUCAAUCUAAUGCUGAAAUAGGAGUUUCAGUAAAUAGAAAUUUGCAGGAGAAAAGUGUUGAACCAGAUGCCCAUAUUCCCUCUGCAUCAGUGGACCUUCUUUCUGUUCUUCUUGAGCGUGGUAGCAAGCUUAGAAAUGCCAUGGUGGUUUCUGCAUUGCAGUCUGAUAUUGAUUCUGACAUGGGUCUGCAGGACACUGCCCGGCACCUACCGAUAGACACCGGAGCCCGUCCUUUACUGCCCCCAAUUCCAUUGUCAGGGCAGCUGAUGCAGGACAUCCUCCACUCAGAUAUUCAUGUUCAGCAUUCAACUCAUAGCCCGGGUCUCCUCAGGCCAGACAUGCAUGACACAUCUGUGGAGCAGCUUCUGGGGAGUGUUAAUGGGUCCGUGCUUGCCUUAUGGGAUGGAGAAGGACCUCUUCCAGGCUCUCUCUCUGGUUGCAGCAGUGUACUUAUGGACAGUGAGCUCAGUGAUCCUCAAUAUGACCAGAGUCUACUGGAGAAUCUGUUCUACAAGUCUUCAAUGACUGAUGGCUGUUUGGGUACAGGGAAUGAUGAGCAUGAGCAGCAAAUGAGUUUGGAAAAAAAUGCCAGGCUAGACUUGGGUGUCAUGCCACAUGAAGGACACAAGAAUUCAUUCCUUGGGCUAAGUGUGGACAGGAUUUCACUUCUUGGAAGCAUCAAUUUAGCUAGAAUUAUAGUCAUUCAGUUAUCAGUUCCCACAGACAAUACUUCUAAUAUACCAAGGAGGCACUCAGGGAAAGGAAGACCACCGCUACCUCUUACUACUAAGAAAUGCUCAUAUUUUGUUGAAUAUCUCUUUCUAUUGCCAUCUACUAAUAAUGAUACUGGGAAGGCAAUUCCUGUAGAGGUCACACGAGUUGUCUCUAAUAAAGUUGUGGGUGGAGUGGUGAAAUUUCAGCAUCAGAGUGUCUUUUCAGUGCGCUUCAGUGGCUCCACUAUCAAACAAUGGUGGGACACUAACCUUAGCUUUACAGUCUACUUGAGGAAGAGUCAUCAAAAGAAACCUGUUCAAAUAGGGACAGCUGUAUUCCCCUUACGAACUUUGCUUCAGAGUGAUCGGCUGAGUAUCACCACUUCACUUCCUGUCCAAAGACUUGACGGAGACUUCACCAAUCAGGACAUAGGGCCUCUCAAGGUCUCACUUGAACUAGCUGCAAACAAGAAAGACUUCACUUCCAAAAGCAGAUUAGGGAAAAUGGCAACAAGUACAGGCACAUCUCCACUGAAAGCAGACAUCUCUAUUGGACAACCAGAUGAUGGAGACGCUACUGAUUUUCCACAUGUUACUAACAGUGCUCCCAAGAGAGACACCUCACCCAUGGCAGUUCAUUCAUCCCCGAACAUCCUGAUGCCUGAGGCCAGGUCUGUUUCACCACAGAGAGCCCAAAACUUUCCCCAUAAACCUGCUCAACUCACAGAGGAGGAAGAGAGUCAUAUUUUGUUCCAUAUCCUGCUCAUGGUGCCAGAUGGAAAAGAUUUCAAUUGUGCACCUUUGCAGCCCAAUGUCUACUUAAACUGUAAGCUCUUUGGAUCUGAUGGGACGACUCAGUCUGUGGUCAGCUGGGGUCAGACACACCCAACAUUCAGCUUGGUUCAAGUGGCACCCGUGCCUCUCUCUUCCAAACUAAUAGAGAGGAUGAGAAAUAAUGUGAUGGUCAUAGAGGUUUGGCUUAGAGCAAGCUCUGCACAUAAUGAUAAACUCCUUGGGCUGGUCAAACUACCUCUACACCAGUUUUAUAUGUCAUUCAGAGACCCCAAAAUUUGCCAGCUUCUUCUGCAGGCACAGUAUCCGGUGGUGGCAGUGGACAGCUAUAUGCCCGUAGUGGACAUUUUCAGUGGUGGAACCCGUGGGAGUCUGAGGGUGUUUUUGGCGAUGGGCACGUCCCAGCAGAUCACUGCUCUGCAGCGCAUGAGAGACGAGGAACUGAGCUCUGUGUCUCAGUUGUCCAGACCAGUCCACUUGCUAGACCACAGACCAAUGGAAGACAUGAAGGUGAAUGCUCCUUCCUCUGCCCAGGCUAUGGAUGAGCAUGUGUUUUUGCUACGGAUUGAGAGAGUAAAGGGAUUAACUCCACUACAGUCUACUAUCUGGGGAGAAGCAGAUUGUUAUAUCCAGUACUCAUUUCCCACUCAGGAGGAGGCCUGGCAGGACAUGGACCCACAUGUUGUGGAAAGCCAUGUACAUCUGAAGUCAUAUCGUACUGCUACUACACUGGGCAUGCCCGAUCCCAUUUUUGGCCACUGUGAGACGCAUGUGCUAGUGGCACCCUCUGGUGUUCCAGUGCAGAGACUGUUGCUCAGCUCUCUGGCCAGUCAGGGUUUCAGCAGUGGAGGAGGAAUCCAGUUUGAAGUGUGGUGCAGGUAUUAUUACCCGAAUGUGCGUGAGCAGCUGGUAGCCAGAGGACUGCUGCCCAUGGCCAAGCUGUGUGCCAUGGUGACAAUGCAGAGGCAAGGCCAAAUGGAAGCACAGCUCUUCUGUCUCCCACUUGUUCCAAGGUCUGACAAGCCUGCCGAUGUCCAGACACAGCCCUCAGGUCUGCUUGAAGUGAGUGUUCAGUACAAGUCCCGGCCGGUGAAGAGAGUUAGUUUAAAGGGUGGUAUUGUGCCCUCCCGCGUGGUGAAUCUGGUCGUGCAGGUGCACAGAGCCACUGGCCUUCAGGCCGCAGCACGGGCCAUAGGAUUGCAGUACUACUCAGAGGUGGGAGUUAACUCGUUCGUCACUCUGCAGCUCUCAUUCCUGCCCGAGAAGGAGAGCAGGAGGACACGAGUAGCAGCCAGGAGCUUUUGUCCAGAGUUUGAGCACCACACUGAGUUUUGCUGUCAGCUGCUGGUACAGAGGAACAGCGGAGAGAGUGUGAGUCUAGCUGAGGUGCUACAGGAAGCUAUGGCCAUUUUCACAGUUUAUAACAGAGAUACACACAAAGUGAUGAAUGCAUCAAGAUCUGAAGACAGCAUUCUGGGAUCAGUGAAAAUUCAGCUAGCUGACCUCCUUUAUAAAAGAACAGGUAUAUCUGGCUGGUAUGGUCUCUCCCUCCCUCCAAGUGCAUCUUUACAUCACAGCCUAACAUCAGUUGGAGGGCUUGAGCUCUCUAUAAAAUUCAGCCAUCACACAGACCGGGAGCGUGUCCUAAGUUCAGGACGGAUCCUGGGGUGGGAAAUCGAGAGUGACAGCAAGGAAGAUGGUGAGGAUGAAGAGAAAGGGGACACUCCUUCAGAAAGAAUGUGCACAAUGACAUUUUCUAUUAUUAUGCCCAGAGCCUGGCUACCUGUCCAUUGCCUGCUGCUCCCGGGUCACACAGAGCUCCAGAGAUCUACCUAUUGUUACUAUAGAUACAGACUGUAUAAUCAGGAGGCCUUCUGCUCCGAGCUGAGACAUCCAACUCUGGAAGAUGGUGAAGAGGGUGAGGGCAUGGCUACAGUGGCAUUCACGGGGACCCAGGUUAUAGAGCUGAGAGUGGGCCAGCCACUGAUCUGGUACCUGAGGGAGGAGAGGCUAGAUGUACAGGUGUGGGUAUCCUUCGGUAAGGAGAAGCGGAUGCGGCCUCACAAGCUGGAUCGCCUGGUGGGGUCUGCCUUUGUGGAUCUUUCAGCCCUCGGAACACCAAAGCACAAGCAAACAAUAAGUGGUGUGUAUCCUCUCUUUAAGCCUUCUGCUGCUGACCUGGGUGGAGCCGCUCUGAGAGCCCACAUCACUGUGACAGCAGGAUCCAUUCAACACACACCCAUGACCCAGCCUCUCACGGAGGAGGAGGAGGUGCAGCUGAGCAGUUCAGGAGAGGAAGAGGAGGAUAGAGGACCUUCGUCUAUACAAUCCCCCACUCCAGUCAGUCCGUCCAGACAGUGUUGUGUGUCUAAUAGACAACACACUAAAUCAGUGCUAAGCUCAACUGUGAUCACCAAUGACAACACCUUCACCGCAACUGUCAGUGUAGAGCGAGCUAUGCACAUUAGUUUGAAAGGUUGCCCUUUAGCUGAGCAGAGUAACAGCCUCCCCAGCUGCUGGGUUUCUUAUGUAACAGCUGAUGAACCUGCUACGGUGAGCACAGCUGCAGUACAGGACAGUGACUGCCCAGUGUGGGACCAUCAGCAGGAAUGCAGGCUUUCAAAGGAGCUACUCUUAGAUCCACAGCAGUCUCUGGUGUUCAAAGUCUGGCACAAAGGAGAAAUAGAGCGUGUGAUAGGCUUUGCCUCAGUGGACCUGUCCCCACUUCUGUCUGGCUUUCAGUCUGUGUGCGGCUGGUACAACAUUACAGACUUACGUGGGCAGUGUCAGGGCCAGAUCAAAGUGUCUGUGUCUCCUCUAAAGGGUGUGCAGGAGCUCCGUGCCCAGAGACAGGCCGUGUCUGAGAACAUUGCUGCAGAAUCCAGUCCUCUGUUUAGUGCCAUGCCGCUGUGUUAUCAAACCACAGCUGUGUACAGCAGCUUCCCCAGUCACAUUAGCAACUUCUCUGAGCAGAGGAUCAGCACUCCUGAACAGGGGGAUCGAAUGCUUUUUACAAGGUCUAGCCUGGCUGAUCAUCAUGAUGAGAAUAGGGACAACAUUUGCCAGUUGCAUAAGACUCUGUCGGAGAAUGAAAGUGCCAUGCUGAGUAACUGUGCUGUAGACAUGCAUCCCUCUAGCUCAGCACUCUUCUCAGCCCUCAGGAAAAACCUCAGUGAGCUGGAUGAUAUCCGAAAGUACUUCAGCCACAAGUUGUCUACACCUGUGUUCUCUGUACUGAGUGAGCAGAAUCAAAACUCUUUUUACAGGGAAGUGCACAGGAAUUCAGAAAUAGACACGCAACAGCUACUGCUCAAGUCCAACCAACUGGCGGGAGAGGUCAAUGAUAUUAUUAAAAAUCUAAGUCAACAUCAAACCAAAGAAUCUUCCUCAAACACGCUUAGGAAUCCUUCCACACCAGCUGAAUCUGAAGUGUGUGUUUUUGUGGAACGUGUGGAACGUUCAACACUAACAGAGUCAGAGAACUGUGACACAGAGAACUUUAAUGAAAAAGUCCCAGAAGCAAAGAUAGAGGACAUCUCACCCCUCAUGUCUCUUACUUCAGAAGAAUUUGAUUCUAGGUAUGAGGAACUCCACCAGGACGGUCUCUCCACUGAGGAUGAGGUGGAUGAAAAUGAUAAUGGUGAGUUUGAAGAGAUAUUGAUAGAACCUCGGCCGCUCAAUGAGGUCACUUCAGCCACGGACAGGACAAGCCCCUGGACUACUGUACUGUCUGAUCCUGAACUUGGCUCUUUAGAGAGUCUUGAGGCAACAGAGCAGCCUGUAGACCUCAUACACCAAAAGGGGAGAAAAACUGCAAUGUCUCCACCAGUUACUACCUCUAAACCAAAGAGAACUGCUACUGAUUCAGAUCUUUCUGCUGGGACUGAAUUAUGUGAGAAUGCAGGAGAUGCAGAAGGAGAUGCAGAAGGAGAUGCAGAAGGAGAUGCAGAAGGAGAUGUGCAUAAUAUUUGUGUGGAACAUGGAGAUGAAGAGGUGUUUUCUAACAAGGAUUCCACACAAGACACCAGGCAGAUGACAGACCAUGGUCAGCAUGACAGCACAACAGAUACAGAAGAUGACUCACCAUUAUCUUCUAGCUCUGGAUCUAUCACAAAGGCAAACAGUGAAUGUGAAAAAGAUGAAAGUGAAGUGAAACUCUGUGAAACUGUAGAGAUUCCAAACUUCUUCCUUCCGUCUCACCACUUGGAGGCAUCUAUGAGAAUGCUGCGUUUAGCUCCUGUUUUUCCCUCAACCUCCCCUGAUCUUGCUUCUGGAAAAUCUGAGUUUACAUAUCAUAGAGUGACUCGGCCAAGGCCCGGUGUUCCUCCAUCAUCAGAAGAAACAAAACGAAUUGCAAAAAUCUUCGCUUUACGUUCUACACAGGGAAGUUAACAGUUUUGUAGAUUUUUGUUGACUUUUUAUACUAUUGCCUUUUGUGUGGUGCAGCCUUUCUGUAGAAUAACUGGAUGACUUUAUUUAUAUGAUCUUAAUUAUGUGAAUGAGAUAUUGAAUAAUGUGAGGAAUAAAAUAUAUUUUGCUCUGAAAGUAUUUUAAUUUUUUUCUGAAUAAAGACAGUUGUUUUUC